GCUAAGAUGGAGGCUGUACAAAGGGAUUACUGGUACUCACUGGCACUUUUGACUUUUCUCAUUAUUCUCAAAGCGUCACUUCAGAAGAGUGGUGAUGAAACCGUAAGACUGGAGGAUGGGAUGAUCCUGGAGUGUUUGUGUCCCUGGGAUGGGAACCUCAGUAUGGUCUCCUGGACCAAAGUACCCAGCAAAAACCCCAUAGCUGUUUACCAUCCACGGUUCGGGCCGAACCUUGCACCUGGGUACAACGACAGGGUGUCAUUCCUGAGUAGAACUUCUAUGGAUGGAAGCAUCUCAGUUGCUAACGUCACACAAGAGGAUGCUGGUCUUUACCAGUGUUCCAUGCAGACCUUUCCUCUUGGGACGUGGACUAGAGAUGUCCAGGUGAUAAAAGAGAAUUUUCUGCCUCAUUCGGAGGUGAUUAUGGCGGUGGGGGAGAAUCUGACUGUGGUAUGCCCCAUCUACAAAUACUCUGCCAGUGAAGACCAAAUCAGCGAAGUCCUCAUUAGGAAGGAUGACCAGGAGGACAUCAUUGGCAGGUGUGUACGGCAAGAUGGCGUUUACGUGUUGAAGGACCAGCAUGAAACGAUACCAGUCUACUGUGCCGAUCCUACCCUCGGUAUGGCCUUUGAACUCAACAACUUGCUCGUUGCGGACGAUGGCCGGUACCGGUGUUUGAUGAGCACCGAGCACGGCGUUGAAAUCUUCACAAUUCAACUGACUGUCCAAUCUCAAGAUGAACUUCAAACACCCACUGUUGGUCCUGAGGAAGCUGGGCCUUCCUCAACACUACAUCAAGUGCAGGUGUUAGAAGAUGUAGAUCCAGCUGAGGGAAUGCCCAUCACUGAAUUGCCCCCCUCAGAUACUGCCCAUGAUGUACCUGAACCUUCAACCCCAGCUGAGAGAAUGUUUCCCACUGAUUCAGCCUCUUCAGCCACAACUAACCCUGUGCGCCAUCCUUCAGGUCCAAUUGAGGGAAUGUCAACCACAGUACUGGCUUCAGUCAUAGCCAUCACUGUGCCACACACAUUAGCCUCUACUAUGGGAAUGUCAACCACUGAAAUGGCUCCCUCAGUGGGAAACACCAUUGUGGCUCUUCCGCAAGCUCCGUCUGAGGGAAUGCUUUCCACUGAAUCAGUCAUAGCCACCACUGUGCCUCAUUCUACAGAUCCACCUUUAACUGAAGCCAUGUCUACCACUAAAUUGGCUCCUGCAGUCAUAACCACCGCUGGGUUUCAUCUCCCAGGUCCAUCUGAGGGAGUGACCACUGAAUUGACUCCCUCGGUCAUAGCCACCACUAUGCCUCAUCCCCCAGCUCCAUCUGAAGGGAAGUCUCCCACUGUCUUGCCACCCUCAGUUGUAGCCAUCACUGUACCUCCACCAGCUCCAUCUGACGAAGCAUCGUCCACUGAAUCGGCUCCCCCUGACGUCGCCACUACUGUGCCACUUCCUCCAGAGCCAUCUGAGGACAUAUCUGCCACUGAGCCUGCUCCCCCAGCCAAAGCUACCACUGUGCCCCAUUCCACAGACAACGGCUAUUUUUGGAUGGACUUCCUGGAUAUCCCCGAGGAGUAUCGGAUCUAUGUGUACGCUGGGGCUGGAGCCGUUGGCCUUCUGCUCCUCCUGCUCAUCAUCCUACUGGUCUGCUUGUACAGGAGGAAAAAGAGACGAGAGGCAUACAGGGUCAAGCUCCAUCCCGGGAGAAGAUGGCGUGACUCGGAGCAGGGCGGCUUCUACGACCGCAUGAGAAAGGGAGCCAGCUGGGGCAGGAAGGAGCCCAUUUACGCCAACGUUCGCACAGGACAGAAGCACAAGUACAAGCCCAAGCAGAAGAGGAAGAGAUGAUUCCACUACCUCUCUGAAACUCACGCACCCUGCCAAAAAAAAAAUGUUUUUGUUUACGGUCGUCAAGGGAAACCCCAGGAGGUCGGAGGACAGUGUGUUUCAUGUGAAGAAAGCUCAAGAGUGAAAGUGAAGCACAAGAAAUGACCUGUGAUGUGAUGGAACUAACCUUGAUGUGAAUUCUAAUACACACUCUCAAGACAAAAAAAAACCUCCAACGAAGAAGGAUAACCAACAAUUACGGAAGUAAUGUUCCCCAAAAAGAUCCAUCACUACUUUAAUAUUUAGCAUAAUCUUCAUUUUUCUUCUGAAAGCUACCACUCACCUCAUGCUAUAACAAUGCAUCUAAAUUCAAUAGUUAGUUUUGCAUGUCAUAGAAUUGCAAUUUCUCCUUUUGUUUUAGCAAAGAAGGGUUUUUUAUUAUUAUUAUUUUAGGUGUUACAGGUUGCAGAGUGCAAGGGUCCAUUUCCCAUACCAGGAGCUACAGUCAAGGUUUUUGUGGCUCUCCAAAAAUCUAAACAGCGGCCAGUAAAAGAGCAUAGUUAUAAGUUCCAUCCAAUAACUAACAAAAAGAACACAUAAAAAAUGGAUAAUGUUUGCUCAGCCAGAACUAAAGUCACAGGAAGGAACUAAAAAUGGCUUAACCAAGUAUGGCAAAUAAAGACUUAAACCAAGUAUGGCCAAUUCUGACAAUUCUCUCAGAAAUUUGUGAAAAUGGCUGACCAAUUUUGGCUUCGUUUUGCUGUUGAAUGACGCCAUGCACAACCUGUCUUUAUUUUCUACACUCAUUGGUUCUUGCAGAAAGGUACAGAAGGGAACUUCUCCGCAAAACACUCAAUGAUUCUAGAUAUCCAUUUGGUGCGCAGCACCCAGAAUGGCAGAUCCCUCUCUGAUCCACCAGAGCUGUGCCAAAUUGGGCUGAAUCAGGGAUGGAUCUCUUCCAGAAUCAGCUGAUGGUCGCCAUUCCUAAGAUCCCUCAUUGUUCCUGUCUGACGCCUCUGACAGUGAAUACUAGUUCUGUGGCAGCCCAUGCUGUAGGCGUGGAUGAAUUAGCUAUUCACUGCCAUUGUAGCUGAAUGAGGUAAGAGUGGUCUGCCUACUUUCUUUAUCUGUGCAUAAAUAGAGCCAUGGACUGUAGAGAUUAGCUGGUCACUUUGCGAAGAGUGGCAGAGGGAUGCUAGAGAGUGGACCCUCUCAACAGCUUUUGUAUUAUUUGAUUUUGUCAUUAUUUAUUAAAGCUACUUCCCAUAAAGAGCAAUUUUCAGAGAAACCAUAUGUUGUUUUUUUGUUGUUGUUUGUUCGACGUUUAGUGAAAUAAAAUGUGAAACUUGAAAAAG